UUUUAACGUAUAAAGUAUAAAGUCAAGUCAAAAGUCAAAAUUAUUAUUAACAAAAUGGCACUAAUGGGUAGUAUUGAACCUUUUAAUGCUAAAGUCGGUGACAUCACAUCGUGGAUUGAACGGUUAGAGCAACUGUUUACAUGUAAUGGAGUCAAUGUAGCAAAGAAAGUUUCAUUUUGAAUCACCUUUAUUGGGGGAGAAGGUUACAACAUUCUAAAGGAUCUGGUCGCACCUGAUUUACCGAGUGCAAAGGAAUAUUCUGAGUUAGUGGAAGUGUUAAAAGACCACUACUGUACGAAACGGUUGGUUAUAUCAGAACGGUUCAAAUUUAAUACAGCGGUGCAGGAGAGCAAUGAAUCGAUUACAUCGUUUACAGCUCGCUUGAAGAAGUUAUCCAAAACGUGUGAAUUUGGAACAUUUUUAGAUGAUGCGAUGCGCGACAGGUUUGUGUGUGGAAUUAAAGCUGACAAUAUUAAACAUAAGUUACUCACCGAAAGUAAGUUGGAUUUUAAGGGUGCGUAUAAAAUAGCAAUUAGCAUGGAGCUCGCGGAAGGUCAAGUUAAAGUCAUGGGUAGUGAGUCAAGUCAUGUCAAUAAAAUUUACCAAAAGUCACAUAAUUAUCCAAAAAAAGCUAAUCACAGUCAAAACACCUCCCGUAGUCAAGGUUCGAGCAAGUCACGUCCGGAUAAAGGAAGUCAAACAAAAUGCAAAAGAUGUUGCAGAAUGCAUUUUGAUGUGAACAAAUGUCCAGCCAUAAAUUGGAAAUGUUUUUCAUGUAAUCAAAUGGGACACACAGGGAAGUCGCAAAUGUGUAAGAACAAUAGAGUUAAUGAGGUGGAUGAAGACGAAGAGGAUGUCGGAUGCGGGUCGCAGUCUGAUGAGGAUUUCGAGUUAGGGUUGUUAACCGAAGAGUGCUCAAUUAGGACACUUAAAGUAAAUCAAACAGGAAUAUUAAAGGUAAAAGUAUGCAUUGAUGAACAAAGUGUGGAAAUGGAAGUGGAUUCUGGAGCAGUCAGGUCUGUAAUGCAUGAGCUAGAUUGGAAGCAACUUUUCAAUAAUUUAGCAUUAGCACCUGUAAAUUUUAAAUUAAGAGUAUUAACUGGUGAGAAGGCUAAGAUAUUAGGCCAAGUUUAUGUGCACGUCAAGUACUUAGGGAAAGUAUAUUAUUUACCAUUGGUCAUAUUAAGGUCAGAUAUAAAAUUUAUACCACUUUUAGGGCGAAAUUGGUUAGAUAUUUUAAAUAAUAAGUGGCGCGUGUCAAUGUUGGGUAGCCAUAUAGUUUCAGUAGGGAAUCAAUUACCUCAGUUAGGUAGUGUAAGUAUUUCUGAAUCUAAUAACGUCAAAUUGAAGAUGAUUACGUCUUUAAAGCAGAAGUAUAAUAGUCUUUUUCAAGAAGAGCCUAAUUCUUUCAUAAAAAAUUUCAAAGCUGAAUUUAAAAUUAAAGAAAAUUAUCAACCUAUUUUCCAUAGAGCUUAUGAAAUGCCAUUUGCAUUGAAACCUCAGGUCGAGGAGGAAUUAUCACGUAUGGUUAACUCUGGAGUCUUGUCUAAAGUUUCACACAGCAAUUGGGCAAGUCCAAUUGUUGUUGUACCUAAAAAGAAUGCUUCUGAGAUUAGAAUUUGUGUUGAUUUUAAGAAAACAUUAAAUCUAGCGAUUGACAGUGACCACUGUUUUCUGCCUUUACCUAGUGAUAUAUUUGCAACCUUGAGCGGCAGUGAAUUUUAUUGUGUUAUAGAUUUAAAAGGCGCUUAUCAACAAUUGCAAAUAAAUUUAAUAGAUUAA